UCUUUCCUCGGCUGUUUUAUCACCCCAUGGGUGCUAUGAGAAUAAUUUUUCUAGCCCUACAUGCCGGCUAUCAGAUCGUCCCUGAUUAACGCUCUGCUACCUAGGAAUUUGGCAAAGCGGGGAGACUUGGCGUUUGCAAGCUUUUGCAAACUUUCCAAUUGGUUGCAUCCAGUCUGGCCCUCGGGUCAUGAAGGAAGGAAGGAAAGAAGAACAGCCAUGGCCCAGAGAGAUUACCUGUGACUUUGACAACUUUUGCUAGACAAUUGAAAGAUUGUGGGGGGAACAGGUUGUGCUCCAUCUCCGACAUGGCGGUGCCCUGUGUCUUCCUUCUAACCGUGCUGGGAGCAGAAGUCACCAGCAAAUCCACUGACAGCUUGGAAUCGGAUGCAGAAUGCUGCGUCGAUGCAAUGGAAGCUAACAGCACCUGCCUCUCCAACAGCCAGUGCACUCCAGGCUGCUACAGGCGGUGGAACGAAGACGGCAGCAGCAGCUGCGUGAAAUGUGAGAACGAGACCCUCCCUGCGGCUCCAGCAUACAACCUGACAGACUGUCAAAACGAUGCAGCCGGAGAACUGAACUCUCUAAUCAACAUAACCACCCUAACUCCAGAGACCCUCGGUGUAGGAGGCCCUGAAGUCGCGGCUUCCCUAAUUUUUGGCACCUUUGUCAUCAGCCUCUUCCUCAUCCUCUGUGUUGCAUUCUUCUUCUACCUCAAACGUGCCAAUAAACUCCCCAAUCUCUUCUAUCGAAGAAGCAAAGGGUCCAUUGUACAGUCUGCUGAAUCAGCAUCCAUGUUAUCUCCACCUUCUUCAAUCCGGAAACCUCGUUACGUCCGACGCGAUCGUUCGCUCGCCUCCUCUACCACCAGCACGACUCUGUCCGCCGAGACCCGGGUCAGCAACGUGUAGCUGUCGGGACUUGUUAAAUACUAGGCCAGCCAUCGAGUCACCGAGAAAGCGCCUAAGUAGAGAAUCGGCAACAGGAGCCAUCCGGCUUCCGUGCGACGAGUGGACUCGUUCCAAUCGGCGGGAAACGGGGACUCUUAACACGUUGGGUUAGCUUUAGGAGAGAGAGAGAGAGAGAGAGAUGUUUCUGGCGACCCAGAUGGGACGCCAAAUUUCAUUUUCCUGGUGGCCAAGCAUCUUCAAGAAGUCUCUUUGCUCUGGACCCUGUGAUUUCCAUGGUUGGGAUUGAGGCCUCCUAGCCGGCGAGGAACCAACUGCUUUGAGGAAAUGGCCAUGCUUCAAGGGAAACUCAAGUGCCAUAUUUUGGAGGUUGUGUAUGCGUUUUUUGGAAACAAAAUGGCAUUGAAAAGGCUUUCCAGAGGGGGGGCUGUUUCUCUCAAGAUGCGGGGUAGGCUGCUAGAAAGCACACUCCCUUCUUCCUGUUGUGUAAUUUCUUUAUUUUUCCUAGAGUUUGACCGAGGCCUUAAGCUCAGGGCAGCCUUGCCGUUUUUUGAGCAUCCAGAUAGGUUUGAUUCUCCCUUUUUAAUCUUCUUCGCGCCCGAGAAGGACCCAGCCAGGUUUCCCCUUCUUUUAGUAAAAUCCUAGCCUGCUCCCUGAGUUUUUAGUGUGCGUGUGUGAGUGUGUGUGAGUGUAUGUGCGUUGUGCGGCCAAACCCCCACCUUGGAUAGGCCUGGCCCAUUUUGGAAGCCCUUUGGACUUAGUUCUUUAAGGGGUCAGCAGCUCACCCCAUGGUCUCCGCUCGCCAGCAGCUAGAAGAAAGGUGGGUGCUUGGGAACACAGCUAGUCCUUGACUUACAAUGGUUCAUUUAGUGACCGAAGCUACAACGCCACUGAAAGAUGUCACAUUUAUAGCCAUUUUUCACAACUUUUGUAGCAUCCCCAGGGUCACGUGAAUUACAUUUGGAGGCUUGGCAACUGGUUCACACUUACGACCGUUGCGGUGAUCCCCUUAUAAAAGUGACGGAUGGAAAAUAACCAAGGUGAGAAGCAACCUAGAACUAAGAAGAAAUUUCCUGACAGUGAGAACAAUUAGCCAGUGGAACAACUUGCCUCCAGAGGUUGUAAAUGCUCCAACACUGGAAGCUUUUAAGAAGAGAUUGGAUAACCCUUUGUCUGAAGUGGUGUAGGGUCUCCUGCUUGGUUGGGGGAUUGGACUAGAUGACCUCCAAGGUCCCUUCCAACUCUAUUACUCUAUUAAAACCUCCAAGGUCCCUACCGACUGUGUGAACCUUCUGGCAAGCGAAGUCAGUGUGGAAACCAGAUUCACUUAACACUCAAGUUGCUAACAUCAAUUGCAGCGAUUUACUAUGCCACAGAAUGAG